AUGUUACCGCCGAGAGCCGACUUUGGCCUUGCUGCUGUAAACCUUAUUGCCAAGAAGGAAUGGAAUAACGAGUUACCAGUGUGUGUACGCAAGGAUGGCAGAUGCGUUCCACAACAGUAUCCUCCGGCCGGUAAUUCUAUUGUAGCCGAAGCCGAAGCUGGUCAAGGAACUAUCGAAGUGACAGGUGUUGUGCCUGCACGUGGACAUUAUAUGUUCCUCGUACAUUACUUCAAUCCAGACAAUACUCCCCUGAACAUAGGAGUAUUGCUCCAGAAUGAUCAUUAUUUCGAAGCUACCGUACCGCUGGCAUACUGCCCAUCGAUUAUUCAAUUCUGGAUGGAGGACAAGUACACGGCAACCCUUUACCACAACAAUACCCAGAAAGGCCCAAUAUUUAUU